AUGGCGAUUCCUGAUGAUGUUGCCUUCACUAUUUUGUCAAAACUGCCUCUGAAAUCCCUCAAGCGAUUCACACUGGUUCACAAAUCAUGGGCUGAUUUACUUGAAAUCCCUUAUUUCAUGACCAUGUUGUGCAGCAAAUUGGUAUCGAAACAUCAAUCUUAUUACGACGAUACAUCUCUUCUUCUCUUAAAGCAGAAAUUAGAUGGCACCCAAUGUCACGGUACAUUGUAUUCACUUUCAGGUGACAAGCUUGAGAAAACACUCAAAUCAGAUUGGCUUCCAUAUCAAGAGCAUGGCAGAUUCCAUAGUGUUUCGGGUUCCGGUAUUCAUGGCAUUCUUUGUCUCCACGAAGCACCAGACCGUGAGUUUGUAUUGUGGAACCCAGCUACUCAGGAAUUCAUAGCUACUCCUCCCAGCCCUCGAGAGUCUCUACCUGAUCUGGAGGCUUAUAGUAAAAUUACUACUCAUGGAUUUGGUUAUGAUCAUGUUACAGAUGACUUUAAGAUCGUUCGGCUUAUAACUUAUUAUCCAGAUAAUGAUAAUGAUAAUGAUAAUGAUGAUGAUGAUGAUCGCCAAGAUGAGGACGGAGAUGAGCCAAUGAUCCCAGAGCCCUUGUGGGAGAUAUAUAGCCUAAAAAGCAACUAUUGGAGGAAACUUGAUGUUGAUAUGCCUAUUAUUACUGGAGACGGUGCUGGCAUGGGUUGUGACAUUUACAUGAACGGAGUGUGUCACUGGGUGGGUUACAAUCUGUCAAAGGACUAUGGUUUUGAUACACAUUUGGUGUCAUUCAACUUUAGCAAAGAGAUAUUCUAUACAACGCCCUUACCGUUAGAUGAUAGAAAGGUGCAGAAUUACUUGGCCGUGUUAAAUGAGUCCAUUGCGUUGAUAUCAAAACAUGAAGAAACAACAACUCUAGACAUAUGGAUUUUGGGUGAACUCCGUGUGAAAGAAUCAUGGACUAAGCUUUUCACUGUUGGACUUGGACCCUUGCAUGGCUUUGGAGUUCCUAUUGGAGUCGGGAAGACAGGCGAUAUAUUCUUCAGAAAUAAAAAUGGUGAACUAGGCUUGUUUGAUUUAAGGACCCAGAUGCUCAAGGAGAUUGCUGCUACAGAGCUGGUAGAUCAUGAUCAGAUAAUAUUCUAUAAGGAAAGCUUUUUUCCGAUUGGAAGAACAGGUUAUUGA